CUGAACGGUAAUGAUAAAAAAUUGCUCGUCGGAGAGUUUCAUGAAUUAUUGUCAGAUGAAACGAUUACGGAAGUAUUUGAACAACUUGCGCCCAGGGAAAGAGCUCGAUUCUCUGCUAUUAAUAAACAUUUUUAUAGUCUUUUACACCCGUGGAGUGAUACCAAUCGCAUUACGGCGCAUAAAGUAGGCAUUGUUAUCGCUUCUGAUCGCCAUAUAUUUGAAGUACAUAAUAACACGAGAAAUACGGAUGUUAAUAAACUGGCAAGCGCACUUCGAAGUUCUCCGUUUAUUCAGAAGCUUGUAAUCAGUAGUAUAGACCAUAUUCGUACAAUUCCUGCAACAGCGUUCGACUGUUUAUCAAACCUACGAGAACUUACUCUACCGUGUGAUAUUUUUGAUAA